GACAGCAAACGUUGGAUUUGAUUGGGUGCUUACAGUUACCGUAAAUCGUUGUGUUGAAACGCGCAUGGACAUAAUCGGGAAGGAGUGCGUGUACGUGUAAAGCAUGAUGGAAGCCAAACCCAAAAAACAUUUUUCCCCAAAAGGUGGAAAGAAGUUAGGACAUAAAGAUUCUCCUGGGAAAGCGCUUGGUAGUAGGCCGGCUGGUAAAAAGCCCUAUAAGCCGUACAUCAAGAAAGAAAUGAAAGGCAAAAUAGGGAAGAGUGGGGACAGCAACAAGAAACAACAUACAUUUGGAAAAGGGCCAAAUAAGAGAACAUUUCCAGGGGACAAAGAGGGUGGAGCUCCACAGGCAAAGAGGAUCAAGAAAGGCGAGUUUAAGCCAAAGAAGAAGCAGACCAAUGAGGAGCUGAAAAAGAACAGGCAGCAGAUGAAGAAAGAACUGAAGAAGAGCAGACAGCAAGCAGAUCGGAAGGAUAUGUACCAAAUCAUCAAUGAGGCCAAACAAGUCUGGGGGGACCUCAGGACCAAGAAGUGUGACAGUGAUCUGAAGAAGAAGCUGAUGAAGGAGCUUCAGGACCUCAUCAGGGGGAAGUACAAAGAGAUGGCGUAUGCUCAUGACUCGACACGAGUGCUGCAAUGUUUUAUCCAGUUUGGCAGUCACGAGCAAAGGCAGGAAGUGUUUGAUGGACUUAAAGAUGAUGUCUGUGGUUUGUGUAAGUCCCAGUAUGGCAGACACGUGGUGAAGAAGCUGCUGAUGUACGGGAACAAGGAGCUGGUGGCAGCAGUGAUGCAAACAUUUAAAGGCAACGUGCGUCCCAUGCUUCGCCAUGCCGCUGCGUCCGCCAUUGUCGAGUACGCCUACAAUGACAAAGCUGUGCUGGCCCAGAGACUCAUGCUCACUGAGGAACUAUACGGAAACACUUUCACCGUUUGCAAGUCGUCGGUGUGCAACACCAUCCAGAAGGUUUUGGAGGCCAAUCCACACAAGCUGCCGUACAUCAUCGAUGAGAUGAAGCUGAUCCUGACUCCCUUGGCUCAGAAAGAGCAGGUCAUCAAACACUCGCUGGUCCACAAAGUCUUUUUGGACUUUUUCCUGUUCAGCCCCGACAAACAGAGAGCGGAGAUGAUCGAGUCCAUUAGAGAGUCAGUGGUCUACAUGGCUCACACCCAUGACGGCGCACGAGUGGCCAUGCACUGUCUGUGGCACGGAACAGCCAAGGACAGAAAAGUCAUCAUCAAAACCAUGAAGACAUACAUGACCAAGUUUGCCAUGGGGGAGUUCGGUCACCUCGUCCUUUUCGCCAUAUUUGACAGUGUGGACGACACCAAGCUGGUCAAACAGGCGGUGUUGUCUGAGAUCAUACCGUCUUUAGGGGAAGUCAUCAGUAACAAAUAUGGCAAGAAGGUUCUGUUGUACCUGCUCAGCCCCAGAGACCCAGCUCACCUGCUGCCUGAGAUCAUCAAAGUGCUGGAGCAAGGAGAUGGCAACGCACACAGUAAAAAGGACACUGCCCUGCGGAGGAAGGAGUUGCUGGAGGUGGUCUCCCCGCCACUGCUCGACCAUCUCUGCAAAAAUGCCGCCACCAUGGUCGCGGACAAGGCCACCAGCGUCACAGUGAGCGACAUCCUGGCGGCGGCCUGCGGGGACCUGCGGCCCGCCAUGACUGCUGUGGCUCAGCUGGCCAAUCACGAGCUGGUGCCAGGAGGCAUCAACGGAGAGCUCCACAUGGCAGAACAUCCUGCAGGACACUUGGUGUUGAAAUGGCUCAUUGAGCAGGACGUCACUCUGGCAGAGACCGGCAAAGAAGAGCGCUUUGCCAGGAUCCUGGUGGACACUGUGGAGAUGGAAAACCUGAGGAGUUGGGUUAAAACCAACAGAGGAGCCAUGGUGCUCUGCAGCCUCCUAAACAGCUGUGACAAGACUGUGGUUGAAGACGUGAAGGCGGGGCUUAAGUUCCUCCAGCCCAACAGCGCCCUCAACAGCAAAGGAGCAGAAAUCCUGAUGGAGAAUUUAAAAAAAUGCUAAAAAGCUGUCAAACUUCACCGGCGACACUCGGAGCAUCAGGUCCUGUGUGGACGCCCAUGCAAACUGCGACCAUAUCGGGACUGCUUGUCAAGUAAGAAACCUCGGAAUACAGAAAUAAUCCUUAUUGCUCCGUCAUGUUUGAAGCCACAGAUGGUAAAAUCAUCUGUUAAAGUGAAAGCUGGGUCACUUAACCCUUUCAGUGGACAUUAAGUGUCAUGCCAUACACUGCCACCCAUUGGUCAGCUUUUGUAAGUGCAAAAAAAUUGUUUAAAUGAACUACUAAGUAC